AUGGGCUGCGCUCCUUCGGGCAACAAGGCCGCGGAGCCAAAGAAGGGGGCCAGCAGUGGGAAGAAGAAUGUCAGCGGCAAGGAGGUGAAGGAGGGUGGCAUGGGCAAAGCACAGUUCAUCAUUGACAACACUGGCAAGAUCACCGAGUUCUACCAAAUCGAGAAGAAGAAACUUGGUGAGGGCUCCUACGGUUCGGUGAGCAGGGCAAAGAACUUGUCAACCGGAGCGAUCCGCGCAUGCAAGACGAUCUCGAAGCAUCGCAUGUCGAAUCCUGAACGGUUCAAAGCAGAGAUUGCGUUGAUGAAAAUCAUGGACCACCCGAACAUCAUCAAAUUGCACGAGACAUUCGAGGACCACAGGAACAUAUACCUGAUCAUGGAGCUCUGCUCUGGUGGUGAGCUCUUCGACCGAAUUAUCGAUGCGGGGCACUUCACAGAAGUCCAGGCGGCCAUCUUGAUGCAGCAGAUCAUCCGGGCCAUCUACUACAUGCACGAGAACAAAGUGUGCCACCGGGACCUGAAGCCCGAGAACUUCCUGUUCACGACGAAAGAGCCGAUAGACAAGAACACGCUCAAAAUCAUCGACUUCGGCCUGUCGUGCAAGUUUGAGGCCGGGCAGGUGCUGACAACGAAGGCGGGCACCCCGUACUACGUCGCUCCCGAGGUCCUCGCAGGGAAGUACGACCACAUGAGCGACCUGUGGAGCUGUGGGGUCAUAAUGUACGUUCUCCUGUGCGGCUAUCCGCCCUUCUUCGGCGAGACAGACUCGGAGGUCCUGGCCAAGGUGCGGCUGGGCAACUUCGCUUUCAACACGAACGACUGGAAGAACAUAUCCGAGGACGCCAAGGACUUGAUCCGCGGGAUGCUUAAGUUUAAAGCCAAAGAGCGCACCAGCGCGGAGCAGGCCCUAAACUGUGAAUGGAUCAUAAACAAGGCCCCCAAGGCCAAGAACAUCAACCUUCAGGAGAGCUUCGUCGACAACUUGCGCGGCUUCAGGUCCCAGAACAAGCUGAAGAAGGCAGCCCUCCAGAUCAUCGCGGGCCAGCUCAACGAGAGCCAGAUCAAGAGCCUCCGCGAGACGUUCCAGGCCCUGGACAAUAACGGAGACGGCUUCCUGACGGCCGUCGAGAUGAAGGAAGGGAUGGCCAAGGCGGGCCUCAAGGAGAUGCCCCCCGAUCUCCAGGCCAUCCUGGACGGCAUAGACGCCGACGGCAGCGGAAAGAUCGACUACACCGAGUUCCUUGCCGCGACGCUGGACAAGAAGCUGUACCUGCAGGAGCAGCAGUGCUGGUCCGCCUUCCGCGUGUUCGACAGGAACGGCGACGGGCGCAUCUCGCUGCAGGAGCUGAAGGACGUGCUGCAGAACGGGGAGGUGACCAACGCGUUCGGCGGGCAGGACAUGGAGAGCCUCCUGCAGGAGGUGGACACCAGCGGCGACGGCGAGAUCGACUUCGACGAGUUCAUGGCGAUGAUGCGCAAAGGCACGGGGGCCAUCGACACCGACAACAAGGACGGCAAUCGCAUGUGA